CAUGACCGGAGCGGAACUAACCGCCGACACACCUAUUUAUGAAAAUUUUGUUGCUACCGUCCCAUAUUUAAAUACGCUAUUCCACUUGAAAAAAUAUUUGAAAAAUCUCCGCGACUCCCGGCAAAUCCUACUUUCAGCUCUUCCAGACCUUAAUCCACCCACCCAAUAUCGCUCAGAGCGAUACUUAGAAUUACCCCCUAAUAAUAAAAAAUCCAAAAUUUUGUUAAAAGCUAACAGGCCUCAACACUCAGCAUCAACCGACACGAAUAUGGAAUGUGACCCUACUCCAACAAUUGGUAUUGCUACUACGGAUACUCACCACCACCAACAGAAACUACGCCGACUCACCCACGUGUUCAACCUCCUUCACCACCUGCUGCUGCUCCUGAAACCCUCGAUGGUGAAGCGGCUGCCGUGGACAUCCCCCUCGCUGAAGGCCCACCUCUUCUGA